AUGGACAUUGACAGAAAUAGAAAAACUUUGAAGAUUGCCCCAAAUAAACAAAUUGGCACAGCAAAUCAUAAAUUUAGUCUAGGGGAUGCAGCAAUGAUAAAUGAGGACUAGGCAUAAGAAUUGAUUAAGGCAGAUGAAGAGAUAGACGCUACAUUCUUAAACCUGGUAAAUCGUAUCCAGUUUUAUAACCAGAAGUCAGAAGAUCUCAUUGAAUCCAUAUUUGAGUUAGAGGAGCAGGCACGCAAGGCUAAGAACCCAAAUCAAUAUCUUCUAAGUCGAAUUAAUUCAUAGAAGAAGUAGAAAUAGCUAAUCGAUAGAUAAAUUUAGAACUUAGAACUGUACAUGAGUGAAAUGAUUUCAGGUUCUGCUAAGUUUAAGGAGUAAAGGGAUCAACUUCUUGGCAAUUAUUUCAAGAAUAAAGCGUCUCAGAGUAAUCAGGAUUUUCCUUCAGAUAUGAUUACUCCUUAGCCAUAAAAUAAUGAUGAUGAGGAGUAAGAGGAAAAAGAAGAGAUAUAACAAUAAUUAGAAGAAAUAGAUUAGAAGCUGAAAGAGAUAGAGGAAUUUAUGAAUCGUGAUUAUGGUAUUGAUGAGGAGUGCUUGCUGAUGUAUGAGCCUCUCUUUGAUUAAUACGACUUGGAAAUAGUCAAUGCUCCACUGAUUGAGUAUACUUAGAAUGACUUGCCUAGCUAUUACCCUGAAAACGGCAUAUGGUUUAACAAUGAAGAUGUUAGCAUGAAUAGAUAGACAUAAGGUGGUAGUGAGCCUACUGCUUAGGAAUUGGAAGAGUUGGAGAAGCUUGAACAGGAAGAUUUCGAUAAAAAGAGAAGGGAUCGUAAAGGUACAACUACUGAUAAGAAAAAUCCCGUGACUUCUAGCGUGGGGUAGAAGUUCUUAAAUCUUUUCAAAAAGAAAUGA